AUGGCCGACUAUUAUCAACAAGGUCCUCACCAUGGCGGCCCCCCCGGCCCUCCUCCUCAGGCUUAUGGUGGCUACCCUCCCCAAGGAUACCCCCAACAGCAGUAUCCCCAGCAGGGAUAUCCUCCCCAGCAAUAUCCUCCUCAGCAGUACCCCCAACAGGGCUACCCUCCUCAGCAGGGCCAGCAGAUGAACUUCGCCCCGAACCAGGAUACCAGCAACCGCGGUAAUAAGAGUGGUGGUGGUGGCUGCUUGGGUGCCUGUUUGGCUGCUCUGUGCUGUUGCUUUGUUUGCGAGGAGGGUUAUGCUGCGAUCGACGACUUCGAUGAUAUCUUGCUUGCGGCGUUCGAAUUUUUGAAUCGCGAACGAGAUGAUGGUCGCCAUCUCAAGCCAUGCGAUGUUUUUGAUCUUAUUGGAGGAACCAGCACAGGCGGACUUAUUGCAAUUAUGCUUGGUCGAUUGGAACUAGAUGUCAAUGAAUGCAUCGAUGCAUAUAGCGAAUUGAUGACUUGCGUAUUUGGUGAGCAGAUGAGCCACAUUCCCGUGGAUUGGUCAUUGAACAUCAGAGCCAAAUUCGACAGCAAACGGCUUAAAGCAGCCAUUGAGCAUGUUAUUAGUCGAGCCGGUGCAUCACCAAGUGAUCUUAUGGAUGAUGGUGUUUCUCGCCGUACCAAAACAUUCGUUUGCACUACAUCCAGGGAUACCCUUCAGGUUACAAGACUUAGAAGCUACAGUGUGCCCAAUGAAGACAUUCUCCCGGCGACAAUAUGUGAGGCAGCCCUGGCCACCUCCGCAGCCACAGGCUUCUUUGAACCUGUGACUAUUGGGAAUCGCCAGUUUGUUGAUGGUGCGUUUGGGGCAAACAACCCCACCGAGGAAGUCGAAGAGGAGGCCGCCGACAUAUGGUGCACCACGAGUCGUGAGAUCAAGCCUUUGGUCAAAUGUUUUCUCACCAUCGGUACAGGAUGCGCAGAACUGCUACCAAUGAAUGAUAACAUAAUCAAAUUUGUGCGUAAAACGCUGGUCAGUUUGGUCACAAAGCCACAAAGCACUGAACGACGCUUCAUGGCUCGGUGGAUCAACGAGGCGAAGGAAAAUCGCCUCUUUCGGUUCAAUGUUGAACAAGGCCUGCAGAAUGUUCGGAUGGAUGACUGUUCACAACGAAGUUUGAUUGAAAAUGCGACGCAAGACUAUCUACAUCAUUCUUCACAGAAGGCCCGGGAAUACAAGGCUCGACUUUAUCAGGCCAAAGUACUCAGCAAGAUGCAUUCUUCUGGAGAUGGAGCUUGUCGGCCUCCACCACCUUGCUGGGUUGUUCCGUUAAAGCGGAAUUCGAGGUUUGUGGAUCGCGAACAUGUUACCAGCAUCAAGCGAACAUUGUUUACCAAAGGUCCAUCGCAACGCAUUGCUGUGGUUGGUCUCGGUGGUGUAGGAAAAACACAAAUUGCUUUGGAAGUCGGUCAUCAAGUGAGAGACAUAUACCCAGACUGCGCAGUAUUUUGGAUCCCUGCCGUGGACUUGGAAAGCCUGCGACAGUCUUAUCAAGAUAUCGCAUAUCAGUUGGGUCUUCGUUUCGACCCGGAAAGUGAGGAUGUCAAAGUCGUGGUACAAAACUAUCUUGACCAGUCUCACAGUGGUCGCUGGCUUUUAAUAAUUGACAAUGCCGACGAGCUUGAGAUGUGGAGGGAGAGUGAUCAGGAUUGUAAAGGGGGAGGCCUGAGAGCCGUUCUUCCGAAAAGCGAUCGAGGCGUCGUUCUUUUCACUACCCGAAGCAACAAAGUCGCCCAGUAUCUCAAUGCAACAGAUACUAUCCAAAUUUUGGAAUUGGACGAGCACAGGGCCACAACUGUGUUACAGAAUUGCCUCGUUAAAAAAGACCUUCUGAACGACACUGAAAGUACCCGACAACUUUUGGAGCGGCUCACAUAUCUCCCAUUGGCCAUUGUCCAGGCUGCCUCAUUUAUCAACCAGAACGAAACUGACAUCCGAAGCUAUGUUAAGCUCUUGGAUGGACAGGAUCAAGACGUGCUUGAUGUUCUCAGUGAAGACUUUGAAGACGAAGGAAGAUAUAGGAGUAUACGUAACCCAGUUGCAACAACAUGGCUCACAUCGUUCGUACAACUCCAACGAGACUAUCCUUUAGCUUCUCAGUAUCUUGCGUACAUGGCAUGCAUCAACGCAAAAGAUAUUCCAAUUUCGACAUUGUUCUCAACAACCCAACUAGAGAAACAAAAGGCGAUCGGGGUACUUGUGUCCUAUUCCUUUGUGCGAAUCAGAAAUCCAGACAGUCGUCUCGAUCUACACCGACUAGUCCACCUUGCGACAAGAAAUUGGCUUCGGUCGUUGAAUAGUCUCCGUGCCUGGCAGAUCUUUACAAUUCGCCAAAUGACCUUGAGUUUUCCACCCGAAGAUCAAUUGAGUGAGCGCCGGGCACUGAUACCACACGCUCUCCACAUUCUCGAUUCAACCAUAGAUGAGCCCCCUUCUGAAGAAAGAGUACGCUUGCUUUGCCUUUCUGCCAGUACAAAAUUCGUGGACGGUAGGUAUAAGGAAUCCUCGGCACUUUCUCUGCUAGCAAUCGAUUGCGCCAAAGUUGCGUUUGGCCAUGACCACCCGCAUACUAUCGAGCUUCGUGGAAACUUGGCUUUUGAUUACAGACAAAUGGGUGAAUAUCAGAAGAGCAUAAAUAUUAGCAAGGAGGCCAUUGAAGAUGAAAAAAAGGCUCGCGGCUCUGAGACAGGAUUGUCAAUGCUUCUACAGUCCCAUUUAUCGGAUAGCUAUCGAUGUAAUGAGGAGCUUGAAGAGGCUGAGCGGCUUGGCACAGCUGUUCUCAAAUUCUCCUUGGAUCACUGCUCGUUAGGGGAUAAUCUUCUCUAUAAUGCCAUGUGCGGCCUGGCUAUGACAUAUCUUGCCCAAGGUCGGCUUCGUGAAUCAGAAGAGCUAUCUCGCCACUUGGUAUCUAUCACUGAAAGAUAUCCCGAAUCUAACGCAUCAGACAUGUGGUACAGACAUGCCAAUCUCAUUCGGGCGGACUGCUAUAUCGAGCAAUUCAAAAUGAAAGAAGCAGAAGAUAUCUACACGGAAAGUAUAGAGAUAGCCCGAGAAACCUUAGGACCGGAACACCCGACAGUACUACGCGAUACCUUCUACUUGGCCGUGAUCAUUAAGGCUCGAAUGCGGCACAAGGAAGCCCUUUCGAUGAUGAUCGAAUGUGCACGUUUAGAAGCGAAGGUUCUAGGGGUCGAUCACAAAUCAACUCGCCGUUCCUACCGCCGCAUCGAAGAAUGGACCACGAGCAAGUAUGUUUUUGAAUCCGUAAAUAUUACAACUUCCCCAAUCGAAUUUGAUGAAAUGCUAAUGGAUCAUGACAAAUAG